UUUAUCAAAGAGAAUAAAAGAAAGCAGUGCUCCGAGGCAAAGAAAUGAAUGAUGCCUACACACCAUUUACACUCCAAACCAAAUUCAAGUAGACCUGGCUCAGUUCCUUUUUUACCAACCAUAUCCAAUAAAUCUCCUUUCCAGUUUCCAUGCUGUUCUUGUGAGUUGUGAGAUCAACUGACAACAGGCAACCCCCCAUCACUACAUUUAACAAGCAUCAAAACCACCUUAUUUUUUAUCACUCAUUUAUCCCUUAGCUUCUUCCUCUCUCUCUAGCUAUCUCAACAUCCAGGCCACCAUGUUUAACCUCAGAAAAAGAUGUAAACUCUUGCUUACUUUCUUACCCAUUUCAGCCAUUGUUCUACUCCUACUCUCCUCAAUAACCCAUUUGAAAAAGAACCCCAAAACCACAGAUAUCCCCCGUGUACACCUCCACAAACACAUCCAAGUAGCCCACUCAACAUGCCAAGGCACACUCUACCCAAACCUAUGCGUCUCGACCCUCUCUUCCAUCCCAGAUAUUGGUUCCAAAUCACUCUCGCAAAUAAUCUCAGCCACUGUAAACCACACCGUGUACGAGGUAAAAGCCUCGUCGUCAAACUGCACGGGCAUCCGAGGGCGGCUCAAGAAACUCGAUCCGCUUCAAAAGAGGGCUCUCGACGACUGCGUUGAGCUCUUUGAUGACACCAUUGCCCAGCUUAAAACCAUUCUCUCCGAUCUCUCCCCCAAGAAAUUAGCAGUAGUCUCCAAGCAUUACCACGACUGUCAAACGUUGUUGAGCGCCGCAAUGACGAACCAAUACACGUGUCUUGACGGGUUCGCUUAUAGCAAAGGAAAUGUGAGAGACAAAAUCAAGAACAGAUUGUAUAAAAUCUCUCAGCACGUUAGCAACUCCCUCGUCAUGCUCAAGAAGAUCCCAGGGGUUCUUAAAACAUCCAUGUCGUCCGAGGUCUUCCCCGAGUAUGGAAGCAUGAAAAAUGGGUUUCCGUCAUGGGUUUCGCCGAAAGAUCGGAAACUGUUACAAUCUUCGGUGAAUGGGACCGAAUAUGACUUGGUGGUGGCUAAGGAUGGCACUGGAAAUUUCACCACCAUUGGUGAAGCAGUGGCUGCAGCUCCAAACUCAAGCACAACCAGGUUUGUGAUAUACAUAAAGGCCGGGGCAUAUUUUGAAAAUGUGGAGGUUGUGAGGAAGAAGAUCAAUUUGAUGUUCAUCGGUGAUGGGAUCGGAAAGACAGUUGUGAAAGCGAGUAGGAAUGUGGUGGAUGGGUGGACUACAUUCCAGUCAGCCACCGUAGCUGUGGUGGGGAAUGGAUUCAUAGCCAAGGGCAUAACCAUUGAGAACUCAGCAGGGCCAAGCAAGCAUCAAGCCGUGGCCUUAAGGAGCGGUUCAGAUUUCUCAGCAUUCUACCAAUGCAGCUUCGUUGGCUACCAAGACACCCUCUAUGUCCAUUCCCUCAGACAGUUUUAUCGCGACUGUGACAUCUACGGCACUGUUGACUUCAUCUUUGGUAACGCUGCUGUCGUGCUCCAAAACUGCAACUUAUAUGCCCGUCAACCAAACGAGAACCAAAAGAACAUUUUCACUGCCCAAGGGAGAGAAGACCCUAACCAGAACACAGGGAUCUCAAUCUUGAACUGUAAAGUCACGGCUGCUGCAGAUUUAAUCCCAGUAAAAUCAUCUUUUAAGACAUAUCUAGGCCGUCCAUGGAAAGAGUACUCUAGGACUGUUUUUCUUAAAUCCUACAUUGAUGAUCUGGUAGACCCGGCUGGAUGGUUAGAAUGGAAUGGCACAUUUGCAUUGAGUACUCUUUACUAUGGAGAGUAUAUGAACCGAGGUCCGGGCUCAAAUACAAGUGCAAGAGUGACAUGGCCUGGUUAUAGGGUCAUCAACAGCUCAACCGAGGCAAGCCAGUUUACAGUAGGGGCAUUUAUACUGGGAAAUGAGUGGCUGAAUUCUACGAGUAUUCCUUACUAUGCCAAUUUGAGUUGAAGGCAGCAAAUUAAGUCUCCUCUUUUUGUUUUAUUGGUAACAUUAGAAGCUAUAUAUAUAUGACACUCGUAUUGGUUUUUCUUCUAAAACCCCUUUGAGAAAGAUUCCAAUGGAUUGAGACAGUAGAUUGUAAGAGCAUUAUUAUAAUCAAGCUCUCUAUUUUUAGUGUUUCUCCAAAAAUUAGGGAAAACUCAGAAAAGCACUCAUUUAUCAAGCUCUCUACUCAUUCUCUAUUAA